CUUCGCCUAGAGCGCUUUUCUUUUCACACUAGAAAAUAAUGUGAUUUUACAAUAUCCAAAGCGCAAACGUCCAUCAUGUCCAAGAGGAUCCUAAUGUUCGUGGCUUUCGCCGCGCUGGUGUGUGCGAACGAGGUGGAGGAUUCCGAGCAGAAGAAACGAGGCGCCGGCAAAGGGACCAGCUUGAACUCAAUUCCCACUGGAGCCCAAAAGCCGGAAUACACGUAUCAGGUUUAUUCUCAGACUCCAAGUUCACUAGGCAGUUCUUACCAAACUCAAGCUCCGAAUUCAUUCUACCCAAGUCAAGCGUCGAGCCAAUAUUAUUCAGUCCCGAGUCAGCAGGAGGUAUCUCCAGGGUAUUCAUCUCAGCCACAAAUAAACCUUAUUCCUCCGCCAGCUACUUCGCCAUUUCUUCCCAUCAAUUUUGUUCCAAAUCCUGGUUAUCAGUCCAAAUACCAAAUAAUUCCUUCUAAAACUGCAAACGGGAACAUACAGCUACUCAUACAACCAUCCUCUAAUUACCAGUCGAGUCCUUUUCUGCAGUAUCCCCAGUCGCUAUUCUCACCUAACCCUGCGAACCACCAGUACAGUCAGCAGCAACUUCAGCUGCCUUCUCAGCAACAGUUCAAUGUGGCCUCUCCGUACCAGCAACUGCCUUUAGGACAGCCUUACUUGGGUCAGCCAUCUCCCAUGUUUCUUUUAGCACCACCAAACCCCUACAAUAAUUUGCUUUAUCCUGGUCCGAAUCCUUCGCAAAGUUUUUACAACUACUACCCAUCGAACGCCCAGCAGAAAUACAAUUUAUCUUAUGGGUCAUCGUCGCAGCCGUCGGUUGAGUAUGAGAAAGCCCAGGGGCCUGUAUCAUCGAGCCUGCCGAAGGAAGAUAAUGAUAUCGGGUCGCAUGGGAGCGACUACGUACCUUCGGACUCAAGUACCAGCUACAAGACGGCGUACGCGACCAGUCGCAGCGGCUCCUACUCCAAGCUAAAAUGACUGUGUAUAAAGAAAUUAAUGAAUUUUAUCUAGUUACCGAUUUCGUGGCUUUAAUUUAGUCGUAUGUUACAGGUGUUCAGUUGCCAUUUUUGUAUCAUGUUACAAAA